GGUUUGCAUUUGAGAUUCACAACACGCCGUCACUCAAAGUCGAUGCGGCUACAAAGCGACCAUAAGCGAGCACCUAACUCAGAUAAACCUGCAUUGGUAACUUAGGUACCUUGCCUUACAUACGUCUGAGGCAUUUCAACAAGCCCACCGUUGUACAUGGGCCCUGCAGCAAACAAGUCCGCCAGCUAGCAAAAUCGUCAAUCGAGCUAUACAAAACCGCGCACCAUUUCGCUCCUUUUCAGUUUCUCUGAGCUUAGGUACUGUCUUUUUGAAGCUCCGUGACGCUGCCAAGUUCUCCACGUCGCACUACAGUGCAGCUCCGGGUGAGCCAAGUAGCUCUCGGAAACUGUGAAAUUUUGUCACAGUCCAUCCCAGUGUAAAAUUGAGUUUUCCCUUGUAACCAAUCCGUCAGCGUUCGCAUUUACAUGAGACGAAAACAUUCCUACUACAUUACGUACAUACACACACUUACACUUACCAGCGGUAACAACUCCCCACAUUUCGUCCAUGUCGUACCAAAAAGGUAUAUUACCUUACCUAGGUGCCUAGGUAGACAUAUCCGUUUCUUUUUUCACUCUUUUCGCACACAAUGCCCUACCCCUUCGUCCUCCCAACGACCUCUGCCUUCUCCUUCUCCACAAGCUUUAGCUGCGAGAGCCAUCCGUCGUUACCCCUCAACGCGAGCACGUACCGCGGGGUCGUGCGCGACACGCUCAAGAAGCACAAGCGCCUGCCGCCCUCGUCGCAGUCCUCGAGCCUGUCUCUUGUCGUCGCCAGCAUCAACGACUACCUGCGCUACCUGCUCGCUGUGGAUGCUGGAAUCGCCCACCGCUCCCCGCACGGUGGUCAUGGCGAGCAGAUAGAUGUCGUUUUGCGCUCCGCUCCGGCCAUCGAGUGGCGCCCGUUCCUCUCCGACUCGGCCGUCCCAGGAAAGGAGCCGCCAAGGGUGAGGAUACAGUCGCUCGAGCAUGAACUUUUUUUCACCUUGAGCACCCUGGCCAGCGCGCUGUCGCUUCAAGCCAGGGCCGCCCUGCAGCCGCUGUAUGUAGUGUCUGUGGCCGUACCGGGCCCUGAGCAGCGCCUUGCCGCCAUCACUGGCGCCACCAAGCUGUUGCUGGAUGCGGCUUCCAUCUAUGACUACCUAAGUACCCGCUCCACUUCGCUGUCGGGGCCGGCCCCGUGUGCCGACAUCAGCCCCGCCACCGUCUCGGCCCAACGCUCUCUUGCACUCGCCGAGGCAACCCUGCUUGCUGUCUUCAAGGAUGACCCGUAUCCUACUGUCGUCGCGCAGGACCGCAACAACUUGGACAAGGAUUGGAUGUUCAAAGCGCCCGAGAUACCAAAGGUGCGCGCCCAUCUGUUUGCGAGGCUUUGCUUGGCCGCGUCAGAACACGCCGCACAGGCCUCCUCGCUCUGCCAGGCACAGUCCUCCAGCGGAGGAUCGGCCAGCGGUAACGGGGGCGGCAAGAUGGUGGGGUUGAUGCGAAACGCCACGGCACGGGGCCUCGACGGCAACUUUAUCCGAUACAUUGAGAACCUGAGGCGGACGGCGCGGGCGAAAGCCUGCCGUUUCUUUGCCAUAGAUGCCGAGCUUGGCGGUCAGACGGGCAACGCGAUUGGUUGGCUGCGCGCUGGCCUGCAGGAGCUCGGUGUUGAGCAGCGGGAGGCGACCAAGAAGAGCGGAGGGCUCAGCCUCAGUCGGUUCACCAAGGAAUGGAGCGAGAAGCGGGAGGACCGCAAGGUGGAGAAGGGUGCCAGAUGGGGUGCGGAUGCUGGAAAAACGGAGGAGGUGCGGGUGAUUGAAAUGCUGGAUGCCAAAUGGUCUAAGCAAAAUGAUACCAUGAACAUACAAGCCGUCCCAACACCAGCAACGUUGUUGGCACAGAUGCCUUCUGGCAGGGACAUGCAUACAGUCAAGCCAUACGAGCCACCAUCCCUUGAUCCUGUUGUUCUAGAGUCCAUGCGCGCCCCGCCAGAAGGAUCCGACGAUUUUGAAAAUGCGUCCGAUUCUGAAGAUGAGGGUAAAGAUAAUAACAGUCGUGGUCCUGUUGGCGCGUUUCCAGGGACGAGAAACGAGUACGGGAGGACAAAUAGCAGUAACUCAUAUUACUAGCGCAAGUCUAACGAAGCGAAAUUUCAUCGCGUUGGCAAGGAGCAGAGAAUAAUAGACCCAAAGUGGUUUGGUUCAGGUGUUUCUAUGAUCUAGCUGGGCGCUCCCUCCUGCCUCUUAUGAGAUGACAAGGUGUUCGAUAGAUAUCCUCGCAACUUCGAGAAUCCGUUCGCAGUUGUGUUUGUCUCCGGGGACCGUAGGUUGGUGAGCGUGCAUCUGGGGAUAUAACAUUUUCCCGGAUGCCCAAAGCUCACUGGUACCAAUGUUCAUGUUAGCAGUGGACAUGGCUUUGACGGCAAAAGGGAAGAUUUGACCAAGGGCCCCCGUUUCACGCAAAUUCAAUCGAGGAGCCACAAGGAACAUCACUUACUCCAUCAUUGCGUGUCGCAUCCUCUGUCUCUCCAACAGGUAGUCCACAAUAUCCCUCAACCCGACCUGGCGCCUGGCCAAGGUCUUCAUCGAGUCGUUGGCGGUCUGGUCUGCAAAUUUGUAACCGUAUACAUCAACCCUGAGCAGAGCUCGGACGGUGGUCCUCCACAUAAUGGGCGCCAACGUCUGUCUCUCCAGUGCGGCGACGUUGCUGCAGGCGUCGGUCCCCAGCCUGCCCCAGAGCCCUCCGUACUGCUCGAGCGAAAAGGGUAUCUCGAGACCCUGAGCCGUCGCUCUGGCCACCUCGGCAUCCACCAUUGCCAGGAUCCGGUGGUAGGCGUUGGCGAUGGAAGGGAGGAGCGCUCCCAGUAUCAGCAUGUUCUGGUACGACUGGACAGUGGGACGGAAGGUCGGGCUCGCGAGUGUGGGUGGGCUGCAGGACGGGCACUCGGUCACUCCAUAUGCAGUCUUUGCUGCGCUGCGGGCGCACGCCAUUGCCGGCCCGACUUCAGUUGGCAGGUUUUGAAGAGAAUCCAGUGCCAGGUACAGCUUUGUCAGGCAGCCGCAGGCUGGACCGGGAUUUGUGGCGAAAUGGCUUACGCAAGCGUUGGAUGCUUCUGCGUGAGUUGUGUCUGAUGGAGCGGAAGGUGUCGUAUUUGCCGUCGUUAGGUAUGGACCGGUUUCUGGGAUACCCAAAGUGUCAUACGUUGAGAAAGGCUUCAUAAUCUGCCCGUUGCUUGACUGCAAGUUUUGUGAUGCCGAACCGGACAGAAAUGCGUCCCCAAGAGACGAACCUGACAUUACCAAGGUAGAAUUGCUGCCACUGUCACUUGCAGUGGACAAACCUUCCCAAUAGCUCAAUGAAUUCAAGUCUGCCACGUUCAGGCUAGGGUCUACUGGUGUUCGCU